AUGUUCUUUGAUUUCUCCAGUGCCUUCAACACUAUUCUUCCCUCGGUCCUGAAGGACAAACUGGAGAACUCUGGAGUGGACCAUCACCUCACUACCUGGAUUUUGGACUACCUCACCGACCGACCACAUCAGCAGCAAGACAACAUGGAGGUCAGAUUUGCCACCAUCAGACUCUAUUUAGAGAUUCAUGUGAUCCUGGAGAUUCCUGCCCAACCUGUGAUGCAGGGAGAAAACGUGACCUUGCAUUGUAGAAAAAAGGAUGCAAACUCCAACUACACUGCAAAAUUCUAUAAAAAUGGCAUCUCCAUUGGGAGCAGCUCAUCAGGAAACAUAAUGACUCCCACUGUAUCUAAAUCUGAUGAAGGACUUUACAAAUGUAUCAUUGCUGAUGCUGGAGAAUCACCAGAGAGCUGGCUAACUGUUGGAAGUGUUCCAAAUUCUACUUCCUCCUUCCAGUCUCACUCUUCUGCACAAACAGAUGAUGACAUGUUAUAUUCUAGAGCCAUUUACACCACCUUACGCCCGGGUGAGACUAAACUCAAAGACCCGCAGACGUAUCACCUGAAAUCUGAAGGAAAACACAUCGGGGAUGCAGAGGUCGAGGACAGAAGAGGAGAUGAAGGAGACAGUGAGACAGAGGAGGCUCAAAGCUCAGAUCAGAACAGCCGGACUAGUCAUCAACCCUGGCAAGUGCCACAGACCGAGGUGGAGUACCUGGGAUACGUCAUUGGGGGUGGGGUCAUCCGCCCUCAGACUGAUUCUUCAGGAGUUGGGCUGGGAGCUGUGUUGCUGCAAGGUGGUGGAGAGGACCAAAGACCUGUGCAGCACAUAAGCCAUUUAGAGAGUCAUGUGAUCCUGGAGAUUCCUGCCCAACCUGUGAUGCAGGGAGAAAACGUGACCUUGCAUUGCAGAAAAAAGGAUGCAAACUCCAACUACACAGCAAAAUUCUAUAAAAAUGGCAUCUCCAUUGGGAGCAGCUCAUCAGGAAACAUAAUGGCUCCCACUGUAUCCAAAUCUGAUGAAGGACUCUACAAAUGUAGCAUUGCUGAUGCUGGAGAAUCACCAGAGAGCUGGCUAACUGUUGGAAGUGCUCAAAAUUCUCCUGCCUCCUUCCAGUCUCACUCUUCUGCACAAACAGAUGAUGACAUAUUGUAUUCUGUCGCCAUUUACUACACCCUAAGCCUGAGUGAGACCGAACUUAAAGAUGAUGACAUGUUAUCUUCUAGAGCCAUUUACACCACCUUACGCCCAGGUGAGACUGAACUCAAAGGUGCUGUCACUGUGUUGCUGCUCACUGUGUACCAUUGUCACACAGCAGCUGCCCGGCUGAAGGGACAUCUGGCUGAUUGUCUGGAGGACAAAGACUAUAAUGAACUGCUGCAGACAGCAAAGACUGGUCUUCCACACAUAAACACAUCUCAUCAUGUUGUUAUUGUUGGAGCUGGAAUGGCUGGGUUGACAGCUGCCAAGUUACUGCAAGAUGCAGGACACAAGGUAACUAUUGUAGAAGCAAGUGGCCGCGUUGGUGGACGGGUUGAAACCUACAGAAAUGAAAAAGAUGGGUGGUAUGCUGAACUGGGGGCCAUGAGGAUCCCAAGUUUUCAUCGAAUUGUGCAAUGGUUUGCUGAUGACCUAGGGGUCAAAUUGAAUGAAUUCAUCAUGGAUAACCCUAACACCUUUUACCAUGUUAAUGGAAAGCGGAAAAGAACAUUUACAGCACAAGCAAAUCCCGAUGUACUUGGGUACAAUGUGUGGCCAAGUGAAAAAGGGAAGUCAGCAGAUGAACUCCUUCAGCAAGCUUUACAGAAGGUGAAGGAUGAGGUGGAGGCUCAUGGCUGCUGGGCUGCACUGAAAAAAUAUGACCAUUAUUCCGUGAAGGAGUACCUGAAAGAAGAAGGAGAUCUGAGCCCUGAAGCAUUGAGAAUGAUUGGAGAACUGCUCAACGAACAGAGUCUUAUGUACACUGCACUUAGUGAGAUGAUCUAUGACCAAACUGACAUCAGUGACAGCACCAAGUACUUUGAAGUUGUUGGUGGGUCUGAUCUUCUCCCCAAAGCUUUUCUUACUGUCCUUGAUAUCCCUAUUCUCCUAAACUCUAGAGUCAAGCGUAUCAGUCACUCACACAAAGGAGUCAUUGUAUCAUACCAAACCGGACAACAGUCCUCUCUUACUGAUCUUCAGGCUAAUGUUGUCCUAGUAACAACCACAACAAAAGCAGCUCUUUUUAUGGAUUUCAUCCCACCUCUGUCCCCCAAAAAGAUGGAGGCACUGAGGGCUGUCCAUUAUGACAGCUCCACUAAAAUCCUCCUCACCUUUAACAACAAGUUCUGGGAGAACGACGGUAUCCAAGGAGGAAAGAGCAUCACAGACGGGCCUACUCGUUUUAUCUACUAUCCCGGCCACAGUUUCCAAAAAAAUAAGACCAUCGGUGUCCUCCUGGCAUCCUACACCUGGGGUGAUGAUUCACUACUCUUCCUAGGUGCAAGUGAUGAAGCCCUCAAAGAGCUGGCUCUGAGCGAUUUGGCAAAGAUUCACGGUGAUCAGGUCUGGGAUUUCUGCACUGGGGUGGUGGUGAAAAAGUGGAGCAUGGAUCCUUACAGCCUUGGUGCCUUUGCUCUGUUCACACCCUACCAACACUUAGAGUAUGCUAAGGAGCUCUUUAAAAGUGAAGGCAGGGUCCACUUUGCUGGUGAACACACAGCCUUCCCUCAUGCUUGGAUUGAGACGUCAAUGAAAUCUGCAAUAAGGGCAGCAAAAAACAUUAACAGAGCUGUGCUGCUGAAUUCAGAGUCAACUAAAUGUCGAAAAAGAGAUGAACUCUAG